CACGGAUUCGGCUGGGGAAAAGCAGGCCAGGUGUCUCUGAUCACUGACCUCACCUGGGCGACGAUGCUGGCAGCCGAUACCUGAUGCUCUAAGAAAGAUAGAGAAGGGAAAUACAAUCCUGCCUGGCAUCUUACUCGUGAGCUGUGGGCUUGCCAGCGUCUGUUUCAGUUACUCCAUGGAUUCCUUUGAGCACCUCAGACCAGAAGACAGCCAGUCAGUAGUGAGCAGAAUGCAGAAGAAAUACUGGAAAACUAAGCAGGUCUUUAUCAAAGCGACAGGGAAAAAGGAGGAUGAGCACGUGGUUGCAUCUGAUGCAGAACUGGAUGCUAAACUUGAGGUUUUUCACUCCAUCCAGGAGACAUGCAAUGAACUCGUGAAGACGGUUGAGAAAUACCAGCUAAGACUCAAUGUUAUAUCAGAGGAAGAAAAUGAACUAGGGCUCUUUUUAACGUUUCAAGCAGAGCGGGAUGCAACUCAAGCUGGCAAAAUGAUGGGCGCCGCCGGCAAGGCCCUCUGCUCUUCAGCCAAGCAAAGACUGGCCUUGUGCACUCCCCUGUCUCGUCUUAAGCAAGAAGUGGCAACGUUCAGUCAGAGGGCCAUCUCUGACACCUCAGUGACCAUCAACCGCAUGGAGCGGGCUCGCACCGAGUACAGAGGGGCCCUGCUGUGGAUGAAAGACGCAUCACAGGAACUCGACCCAGACACCUUCAAACAAGUGGAGAAGUUCAGAAAAGUACAGAUCCAAGUGAGAAACAGCAAAGAUUGUUUCGACAAGUUAAAGAUGGAUGUCUGUCAGAAAGUGGACUUGCUGGGCGCUAGUCGGUGCAAUAUGUUAUCUCACUCACUCGCUACCUACCAGAGAACAUUACUUGGGUUCUGGGAGAAAACGGCUCAAAUGAUGUCCCAAAUCCAAGAGGCCUGUGCUGGCUUUCAUCCGUAUGACUUCAUGGCUCUCAAGCAACUACAAGACACUCCAGGCAAUCUCACUGCAGAGGACAAAGAAGAACAAACAGAGGGCAGUUGUCUUACUACAAACCUCAAUAAGGUAGCUUUGUCUGAAGAGGAAGAGAGAUUUGAGAGAGAACCAGCAGUUGCACGCGCUCUGCCUAGAGACUCACUAGAAGGAGAUGAUUUUGAGAAGGAGUUCUCAUUUCUGAGCAGUCUCCUAAGCCCCACCUCUUCACGUGCUAGUGAAUGUACACAGGAAUGCCAGCCUGCCUGUGGGAGCCCCAGCCUCCUGUGCCAGGAGCCUUCAUUAGGACCCGGGCCUCUCACUUCUUCCUCCCAGUUCCUUCCUUCACGGCUUUUUGACCUUGGCCUUCAUGCUGAUGGAGCUUUCAACAGCUGGGCUUCCCAAGAGGGAUCAGAACACUCAGAUACCUUGCCAGUACCUUCACAGCACCCAAAGAAAUUAAAAUGGCCUCCACAUGCUGGAUACCCUGCUAGCUACACCCUCAGCCUGGAUGCCCCCAACAGUGGUAACCAAGACAUGUCAGCCUGGUUCAAUCUAUUUGCAGACCUGGGGCCGCUCUCAAACCCAGAUGCCAUUGGACACUCAGAUGACGAGCUUCUGAAUGCCUGACUGAUGUCAUGGUGACUGACAUCACAGCUUCGGGGGUCUUGAGGAACCAACUGUGCAACAUUUGCCUUUCUGAAGAGAAGUUCCCACUGCGACCACACACAGAAGCAUGUGUUCAAGAUAGAACGUCUACCAGCCAACUCUAGCCACGGGGUUGGAGCACCUGAGCAGACUGUGGUACUUCAUAUGCUGGAUGGGCAGGCUGUUGAUAGUACAUGGAUAAUUUUACAAACUCCGCAAUACUGAGAAACCAAACUUAUGUCUGAAUCACAGAAGCAUGGUGUGUUUCUUUGGAAGGUGUUUUACACUUGUUACUUUGCUUUAAGGGGAUAAAGAAUAGAAUAGAGAGUGGCUAUAGUUUGGGGGGUUUUCUUGAUAGUGUCAGGUGUUUUCUGUUGUGGGGACCAGCACUAGAACUAUAAAAAGCUUUCUCACCAACUACAACGUAGAACAAGAUUAGAGAACUGUCUGCUUUACUGAAAUUAAGAGAAACGUGGGUUUGCUUUUCUGUACCUGGAAACUAAAUGCAAUGUUACCGUUCAUUCAUAUGCAAUCAUGGAUACAUUAGUUCCAUUAUUAAAUUUUCAUGGGGA